AAAGCAUCAGCAACAGCAGCCCUCCUCUUGGGAAGAUGCGCAUGCAUGGCACCGGCUGAUGUGCGAACAGCAGGCUGAGUAUGGUGCCCAUCAUCAUCGUCAUCGUCGUCAUCGUCGUCAUCGUCGUCAUCAUCAUCGUCAUCAUUCGCACUGACCUUCUGCAUCUUCACGACAGCAGCGCAGCUUGAAUUCGUCCACCUGCCCAUCAGCCGCUCAGCGCUUGACCCGCUUCCUGCUUAGCGACGCCAACACACGGCGCACCUUUCGCCUGACACUCACAAGAUGGGGUCCAAAUUCCGCGGACCUUCUUCGCAAAAGUUUCAGCUGGUUCAUCGAUCGCAGAGGGAUCCGCUGAUCAAUGACGAAGAAGCGGGCACGCACGUCUGGUCCUCCAUCUCCAGCAGCAAAGGUCCCCGUUCGGGCAAGACGCGAGCCGACUUGGAACUCGAGCUGGACGAGAAGUCCAAGCGUUUGCGAGGCAAUGUGGGCGAAGCGGCAAAGUAUGGAGUGUAUUUUGAUGAUACAGAGUACGAUUACAUGCAGCAUUUGAGAAGUAUUGGUGGUGACUAUAACGCAAAGAGAGGUGGAAAAGAUGAAGAGGAAGAUGUGGAUGUGGUGCUCUUGCCUGCUCCAAAGUCCAAACAGCAGCAACAACAAAGCGCAGCUGCAAACGCUACAAAUGCAAAGGCAAAAGGCAAAGCGAUCGGAAUGGGCAUCGAAUUGAGGGAAGAUGUGGAAGCGAGACGAAGAGAAGAGGAAGAUGAUGGCAGGUUGAAACUAUCCAAGGAUAUGCUGCCCCCUGAACAUUUGCCGAAUAGGGAUUGGUCAGCUGGAUUCAACGUCGCGCAGGAUCUCAAGGGUCUGCAGCCCGACAUGGAUCCUCACCUACGACAAGUCCUCGAAGCGCUCGACGAUGAUGCUUUCCUCUUGCGCACUGCCGGUCGCAAAUCGAUUGCGGAUGCUACGGAGCUUGGCACUCCCGGCACGUCUGUACACCAGGACCGUAGCUUUGAAGACGAGCAGGGAGAGGAGGAAGAUUUGGAUGAAUUCUUCGCAGACAUCAUCGAGGGCGGAGAGCUGAGCUCGAAGGACGAAGUGCCGGAAUGGAGAGCUUUGCCGCCGGAGGGUGAUGAGGCGAUUCGUGAGGAUCCAGCAGCUAGAGCCGCGAGAGAAUUGUUGGAUCUGAAAGCGACAGGUCAAGGGCCCGAUGCGCUCUCCCUCGAGAGUCGCGUAGCGCUCUUCAAAGCUGCUCAGAAGAGUGCUUCGGAGGACAGAGGCCAGAACAGACACCUCGCUGGCUUGAGACCUGGAGGAGUAGGUCCAGAUACGAUCGGCUCGGACGAAGAAGAAGAAAGGAGCAGCGUGAUUGCGCCUAGUCAGUCCUCGACGCUUGUGCGGGCCAACAAGGCUCGAAGAGCUCCCUCCAGCGUUGGCUCGCAGAGCAUCUUUGGUGAAAAGGGUGCGAGCAGGAAAUCUAGAAAUCCCGGAGCUAAAGCUAGGCUGGCAGCGAGCUACUACGCUCCUAGCGCGAUGGGCGGUGCUACGGCCUUCAGUAUGAGCUCGAGCGCAAUGGAGAGGAAUCAGGGAUUGACGGACCUCGAUAUGCAAUUCGACAAGCUGGAAGCUCUGUACGAGCAAAAUUCGGACGAUGAGGAAGAAGACGAAGACGAUGAUGACGAACAGCGAUCCGCAACAGACGUCGACUCUUCGGUGCCCAAAGAUCUCUCUCGAGAAGAUUUCGACCAAGUCAUCGACGAAUUCUUGUCGACUCAGGAAGUGUAUGGAGGCAAGUUGAAGGAGAGAUUGGGCGGAUUGGAUCUGGGUCCGGUGGAGAAGUUGGGAUUGUUCAGAAAGGAAUUGGGUAGACCUCUGAUUAGUCGGAGGGAGGAGUUGGAGGGAGAAGAGAGCGAAAGCGAGUCGGAGGAUGAACCGCCCAUGCCUAGGAGUGCGGCGGACGAUAGGGACAAAUGGGACGUGGAGACUGUAUUGUCUACGCGUACCAACUUGGAAAAUCAUCCCCGCCUGAUCAACGCAGCGACCAGCGUAGCUGGCUCAUCCUUCAGCCAUCGCCCGCAAACUAUAGCUUCGUCCGGCAUCGGCAGCCGCCCUUCUCGUCUGUCCGGCUCAUCAGCUGCGGACGCUUCGGUGGACCGCAUUCCCAAGAUAAAGAUCGACCCUCGGACCGGCAUGCCUAGCAUUUCUAGGUACAUCACUGUAGGAGCCAGAGAAGCUAGACGGAAAAAGAAGCACGAGGCAGAAGAGAAUCUCGUGCAGGGUUCGACUUCUUCUGUUUCUCCUCCUUCUUCUUCGGGAGUUGCAGCGAGAAGCAACCAGAGCAUGACGAUGGACAGAAGGGGGAAUGCAACAACCUGUCUACCUGAAGGCUCAUGGGCUAGCGUGGACGAGGAGGAGGAGGAGGAGGAGGAGCAGAAAGAAGGAUACGAGAGCGAUGCGACAGAGACGGGCGCGAGAGUCACCAUUACGCGGGACAGGAACGAGUCUGCGGAGGAGAAGAAGGCGCGAAAAGCAGCUGCGAAAGAGUUCAAACAGAAUCGAAAGGCGGAAAAGGCCAAUCGCAAAGCGGCCUAUGUGUCGGAACGCAAGGCUCAGAGCAAGAGUGCCAAUGGACGCAUCGACGGGGGAGGUGCUGCGGAUGUGGGACGCAACGGUGUGGGAAGCGCGGGCAGCGUGGUCAGACUGGCUUGAUCUUGCUUCGUCGUCGCAAUCCGCAAUUCGCAAAGCAAAAAGCAUUC